GGCCCUGAUUUCGAGGAACAGAACACAUUCAAUAUUAAACACUUGAUACAACCAAACGGAAACUUGAAAACGAACAAAAUCAAGCUAAGAUUAGAUGCGUACCACAAAGAAAGCCCGUGUUUCGGUGGGCGGCACACGCAAAUACUAUGCCAAACGCCGUCGCGACAGUCAAAUAUGCCGAUUUCGAAGCCCGAAAAAGAAAUUCAAUCGGGAUUUGAAGAGCCUGAUCUACAAAUAUAAGCGUACGGUGAGGCAAAAGGGGCCACACAGCCGGGCGGAAAUCGCCAUCUUCAAGUAUACCAUGAUAAGCGAUCAUAUGCGAAAGGAUCAGGUGAUGCCCCUGGGCAAGAAACGCAACAUCAAACGGAGCCAGGCAAACAUGCUGAAGAGUUUGCUGAAGAAAUCUGUGAAGCGCGCCAAGACGAGCCAAACACGGGCCGGGCUCUUCGAGGAGGAGGAGGUGGAGGUGGAGGUGGAGGAGGCGGAGGAGGAUGAAACCCCAAGUGAGCUGAGCCAAAAAUAGGCUUAGGUACUUUUGGAUUAUGUACUUUCAGCCCUUGAGAUGCAACAU